CGCUGCGUCACGUGUGAUAUUCGACCAAUUGCAGCGCGCCGGGCUGAUGACACUUCCCUCUGCUUCCGGUAUCAGACAGCUGGUCUCAGUCCGGUGUGUUUAUGUGUUUUUAUCUGUUAAAUAGCACGUUUUUCAUUCUUCGUCCAUGACGCGACCCUUCUCCGGUCGUCGGUUUUUAAAAAGGGAUGAAAAGACUCAAGAGGACGAAACACAACGCGGGGUGUGCGGUGAAUGGGAAUGGAUCUGCCACGAGAGAAGCAGAUUGUGGGAGGAAACAGAAGUUGGGUGAGAUCCAUCAGGCUCUGAUCAGUGAUCCAGUCGACAUUGAGACCCUGAGGAGAACAGCAGGCAGUAAAGGUGGACUCCUCACUGAUGAGCUUAGGAGGAAAGUUUGGCCCAAACUACUGAACAUCAACGUCUAUGAUCUACCACACAAACCUGGUCGAGAUGUGAGGGAAAACCACAAAGACUACAACCAGGUGCUCAUGGAUGUCAGGAGAUCCAUGAAGCGGUUCCCUAAAGGAAUGCCAGCCACAGAGAGAGCCGUGCUUCAGGAGCAGCUGAUCGACAUCAUACUGAAGGUUUUGAAACGUAACCCUCAGCUCCAUUACUACCAGGGCUACCAUGACGUAGCCGUCACACUCCUGCUGGUUGUUGGGGAGCGAAUGGCCUUUGCCAUGUUGGACACACUCUCCAAUUAUCACCUCAGGGAUUUCAUGGAUCCUACCAUGGACAGUACUAAACAUAUUCUAAACUACCUGAUGCCUAUACUGGAGCAAGUCGAUGCAGAGCUGCAUGACUUCAUGAUCAGAGCGGAGGUGGGAACCAUCUUUGCACUGUCCUGGCUCAUCACAUGGUAUGGCCACGUCCUGUCCGAGUUCAAACACACACUCAGACUCUACGACUUCUUCCUGGCCUCACACCCUCUGAUGCCCAUCUACCUGGCUGCCACGAUUGUGUUGCACAGAGAGAAGGAGGUGAAGCAGACUGAGUGCGACAUGGCCAUGGUCCACCAGCUCCUGUCGCGCAUCCCUCAGGACCUUCCAUACGAGCUUCUGAUCCCGCGGUCGCAGGAACUUUUCAGCCAGUACCCGCCAUCAUUACUGGCCAAGCGGGCAGCACUGCAAUCUCGCAAGAGUCUGUCCAUCAGCACCUUCCAAGCGUUUCAGCUCUCGACUCUGCACCAGAGGCCAGACUCUGUUCUCCAACGCCUCACCAGGGCCCAGGGCUCCUCCACCUCCAGACAAGCCUCUCAACACUCAGGCAUGGAAGCAGCUUUACCCCGGGACCGAGGCCAGCUGUGGGGGACGAGGAACAGGAUGGUGAAGAUGGCAGUGUGGGGGCUGUCUGCCGGGCUCGGGGCGGCUGUGUUCGCUGUGGCUCAGACGGCCAUGGACUGGGGACCUGAGGUGUUGCUGCAGCUGUUCUGACUGUUACACACACAGAGUGACACGUGGUGACAGCGGACACAUGCUGCUCUCAUGAUGCGUCAACAGCACACAUACAUACACAGAAGACUUUAGGCUGCUCAGAGGGGACAGUAGAGAGAAGCAGGAGGAGGUCAGUUAUCUUGGUGCUGAACAGGUUGUUGCUUCUCAACCACAAUGAACAUAUGCUAACCACUAGUCAGCCUCAGGCUAUGUGUGUGCAUGUGUGUGAGCGGGUAUAUGCUUUAAUGUGUUUCUGUGCAUCAUGUCAGACCUUAUACCAAACGUCGGCCCGGCGAAGGCGAAGGGGCCAGAGAAGUAAGGACGUGACUGUUAACGUCUCUUUUCUGGAAAGUCACUUAAACAAUGACAAAGAACUUUGGAGAAAAAUGCAGAAGUACCGAUACAAAUACAAAAUGACUAUCAGGGACACAAAACAAAUACAUACCGCAAAAAGAUGCAAAAACACAACCUCAAAGAUACCAAAUGUCUACAAGAAGAAGCAAUACAACCUCAAAGAGUCGUAAAACGACUUAAUCGAUGCAAAAAAAAUCUCAAAAAGAUAUAUAACGACUACAAAGUGAUGCAACUUGUCCUUAAAGAGAUAGAAAUGAUCAAAAGAACUACAAUGAGAUACGACUUCAAAAAGACAUGAAAUGAUACCAAAGGAAAUGACCACAGACACAGAACAAAAGUCAGACAUGCUGGUGUUUCUUCGACGUUGGAUCGGAGUUCUUUUACCUGAUUGUGCCCAUGGGCCCAUUGUCUCAGACUCCCUCCAUGCACAUGUGACACUAACGCGUCUCGCUCUUUCACGCUAUUGCUCACAUGCCACCACUACUGCAACAUUUCACAGUUCACAUGCGUCUGUGUAUUUCCUGUUUGCUGAUUAUCUAUCUGAUAACUAAUUUUUAGACCAUCACUCUUGUUUUGUUGGGUUUCGGUUGAAAGUGCUUUAGCACGACUGUGUGAAUAGAGCUGCUAGCACAAUGACACACGACUGCAAAUAAUUAAAGAGCAGCGUUUUUUCCGCCGAAAGCUUCCAGUUAUGAACAAAGCGGGAGAUAUUUUUUGCCUGUGAGCUUCUUAUUAAUUGGUUAACUCCAGGUGUCAUGAGUUACAUUUACAAUAAUUUUAGACACACAAAACGAGCUGUUGUUGCCAGAAACACGAAAACCAGCCACAGUUUCGCCUGCAGCAAAAGCACUGGGUCUUUUGCAAAUCCAUUUUUUCGAGAGGAAAACCAUAUUUUUAAAGUGAUUUUUAUGUAUUUUCCGAAGCAUUUUUUUUGCCGUCUGGCCCACCACUGCUGAAAGAAUACGGGGGGAAGACACCACUACUUUUAAAUCUUUAAAAUAUUUAGUAGGUUUGCUCUGACAUCCACCCUGAACAGCCGGCAACAGAGCUACACUACAUAGACUCAGUCCUUCCUCAACAUCAUGUUUCUCUUCCAAAUUCAACUGCUUUGCUCUAAAAGGAGAUCAUGGCUACAAUUUGAGGAGAGUCAUUAUUUUUUACAUACUUUUUUUAUUAGCGGAGGAAGUUCAAUACGUGCAUCUCUUGGAUAAACACCACCCACACACUCACUGUAGAUAUUGUUGCACCAGAUGUAAUCACGGAGUUUCAUAACCUAAAAGGUGAAUAUUAAUAAUACAGCUGAGGUACAUGCAUACGUCCAAAGCACUGGGGCUCCUCCGAACAGCAACGCAUGCUCUGGUUGUUGACUUAUGCUCUGAAAUAUUUAGCAGCUUUUAGUAGCAUGUAGCUGAGCUGCUGCAUUUGUUAACACAGUUUCACUGGAGUCACAACACUCGCUCCCUGCACUUCCUCUGUUGUCAGAGAUAAAAUGUCCGAUCUUUACACCGUCUGUCCCGUUGACUUCACUUGCUAAAGAGCAUCUGUGGAGCCGGGUGUGUUCAAAAUGACAGUGGAAGGAGGAGGAGCAGAUCGAGAGAAAACAAGACUAGGAUAUCACUUGGAAAGAAGUUUUAGCAAUAUGAAUCUUGAGUGUCAUCUUAUUAGAUAGUCUAAAAUGAAUAAAACGGUUUGGUGUUUAGGCCAGUUAUUCAAAUCACAGUGUUUUAGUCACAUUACAGUGACUGAAACCAGGUCCCCACAACGUACAUUAUUAAAAAUGUAAAGUUGAAGGUUAGGGUUGUAGUUAUGGUAAGAGCAAGUCUCAGGGUAAUAAAUGUAGGUCAACGUAUUAUCAUGAAGACAAGACUGUGUGUGUGUGUGUGUGUGUGUUGGUGUGUGCGUGUGUCUGUUUGUGUGUGUGUGUGUGUGGUAGCUUUAUUACAAUUCUUCAUUCGCUUUCUGGGCAUAUUCUGUGUUUUUAUUUGGUCAUGGUUUUGAUUCACCCUGUGCCUGUAUUAUCUGUCAAAAGUCAAAUAUUUAUUUCAAGAGCAAAAAUCUAAUUGGCUUUUUAUUUGAUGGAUACACAUUCAUUGAAUUGUAUGAAUGAAUUCUGAGGGUUUUUAACUUUAAAAGUGAUAAUGCCAGUGCCAAUACAUUUUUUAGAUUCGUAUUAUAAACAAAUGACUUUGCAAAGGGAACAUGUUCAGUUCUUAUGGGGAAUGGUUGACCUUGAUUUGUGUUAAACAAACAGCUCAUUGUGUGGUGCAGUUCAUUCUGUCACCACUUGCUGAACUUUCAGUUCUAUAUUAUUGUGCAUCUGUAAUAAUGCCUGGUUACAUCUGAGUCAUAUAACAUUGCUUUAUCGAUCGGAGGUAUUUAGCAUUUUUUCUAUUAGUGGCCUGAUUCAUUAAUGUGCAGGAAUAAAACCCUGUUGAUCAGGUUGUGUGAUCUUUAACUCAGCCCUAGAUGCUACUGUUUAGUCAUAUCUGUACCAUGUACGCACACGUACACACAAAACACACAAAAACGUAUAAACAAAACACACACGCACUGGGAGAGAGUGGUGGUGCCAGAACCUAAUGAGGGUUUAAUUCCUGCCGCCGGCUAUUGGCGCACUGAAGACACUUUCUCCUCAUCGUUUUUUCUUCACAUUCGCAUUCAAACACCUAUAGAGUAGCACCUGCACUGGCCUCAGCCUGGCAGAGGCCUUCCAUGAAAAAUGAUUGAAGCGUGGUUCUCAGUUUGAGUGAAACCAAAAUGCAAAAUGUAAAAGUUGCUCCAGGUGUCGAAUCUCUCUCCAAAGUGUGUAUAUAUAUAUAUAUAUAUAUUGAUGCAAGUUUCAGGGCCAUGCCAUCAGUGUUAGCUGUAUUUUUAGGAGAAGUAAACAACAUUUUAUCGGACUAUUGCAAGAAAGUCAUAUCUUUUUUGCAAUUUCACCAGAAUCUCCUCAGUUUUGUGUUGAUUAUAAAAGAAGCUACGCCUUUUGGAGUCACAUAAAGAGCGGACUUUUCAAUGGAAGUGUGUGUAAUGUAUGAAGCCCCCGAGAACCUGUGCGUUGAUCCCCUGAUGACUUUCUUUCCUCCCCUCAGGUCCCAAAUUUCCCAAAAGACUCGAUCGCACCAAAUGUUUUUUACAAAUACAAAAUGCAAAUUUCAAGCUGUUAGCUGUGUGUGUAUAUAUGAUUGCUUUGGGCAUUUUCUUGCAUGUUUUGAUGAUGGUUACAAAGAGAUUUGUAACACAUUGUAUCCUUGAACAUGUCGGGUUCUCUGCACCUUAAUGUAUUGAAAUGUCUGUUUUUACAUGUAAGUGAAGCUUCUUCCUGUUUAUGAAGUAGAAUGGUGAAUAAAUGGCAAAGGAAACACUU